UGCAUAUCUUUAGAGCACUGAACGCCGUGCACCAGGUCCGAGACGAAAAGUUUUCGUUUUUAUUAUUGUUUAUAAGUAAACAAAAAAUUUGCACAAAAUGGAUUUGUACGACGACAUCGACGCAAAGCCACGCGCCACCCAAAUGGAUGGAUGGUCUUCGGGCAUCAAAAUGCUGCAAACGCAGUUGGCAGUAAAAAAAGCCCAGCUGCCGAAGCCCAAGGCGAGGGAUCAAAUCAAGAAACCGCUCAUGACACCAGUGGUUAAUUUGCGCACCAAACGCAACGCAGAUGCAGAAAAUUUUGUGCCCAUGACAGUCGCUGCCAGGCCAAUCAUCACCAGCACCACAGUGGCACCUCCGCCGGCACUGGAGAACAUUAAAACAGAUGAUUGGGAUUUCGUGGACGAAUAUGAUCCACAGUGGCCCAACGAGUACGAGAAACUGAAGGACAAGACAAAGGGCAGUGACAAGUCACGCAACAGUGGCGCAAGUGGCAAUCGAGAAGAGCGCGACCGAGACCGAGACAGGGAUCGCGAUCGGGAUCGUAAGCGCAACCGUGGCGGACGCCGGGAGACACAUAAUCAUGACACCUCGCCACCAGCCAUGAAAUUCAGUGGCUUUGGUCAGCGACAGAGUGAUGAAGACAGAUACAGUCCGCCGGCGCCAGGCUCAGUUGCCAAGCAGGGCGGUGGUGCGGCCAUAGCGCCACCACCUUCGCUAUCCAUCGACAAUGGGGAUGGGUCUUCGAAUGUAACCAUACCAUAUUCUGCCAGCUCGGUGGCAGCAAAGAUAAUGGCCAAAUACGGCUUCAAGGAUGGCCAGGGAUUGGGAAAAUCAGAGCAGGGCAUGUCUGUAGCCCUGCAAGUGGAAAAGACAUCAAAGCGUGGCGGUCGCAUCAUACACGAAAAGGACGUAUUUUUACCACCUCCAUCUACCUCCCCGCCGCUCUCUCAGCUGGCCGCCGUGAACGCAACGCCGCCAGUUUCGAGUCCUAGUCCUACUGCUGCUGCCGCCGCCUCCAUGCCACCGCCACCAUUGCCAGGCGCAGCAACACCCGCACCGGCUAGUGAGCCCGAGCCUAGCAUUACCGAAAUCAUGAAGGCGCCCAGCAAAGUUGUUCUACUACGCAACAUGGUCGGACCAGGCGAUGUGGAUGAGGAACUCGAACCCGAGGUCAAGGAUGAGUGCAACACAAAGUAUGGUGAAGUCAACAGUGUUAUCAUACACGAGGCCUUUGGUACGGUUCCGGAGGAUGCGGUCAAAAUAUUUGUAGAAUUUAAACGUAUAGAGAGCGCCAUAAAGGCUGUUGUAGAUUUGAAUGGUCGAUUUUUUGGCGGACGGCAAGUGCGUGCUGGAUUCUAUAACUUUGAUAAAUUUAAAAGCUUUCAAUUAAAUUAAGCCA